GCCAGCUGCGCCAAGAGCCUCUCUCCAGCCAUCUUGCCCUGUGAGGCAGCUGCAGGAGUGAGAUGCUGCGGAGGCGCGCCCCGGAAGAAGACGAUGCGGUGCUGAUCGACAUGGCCUCCCUGGAAUCAGGGAGCGGAUCCUCUUACGGAAGCACAGCCCAUGCCUCAGAGGUACCCUCAGCUCUAGGGGCAGUGGCGAGCAUGGCAGGUAAACAGCAGGUGGCCCCCAGCAGAGUUGGGAGCUCUGCCAAACCCCCGAUUGAUUUUGUUCUUGUUUGGGAAGAAGACCUGAGGAACCAAGAGAGUCCUGCCCAGGACAAGACACACACACACAAGUUCUGGAGGGAGACCUUUCUGGAAAGUCUUCGUCUGGCUGGCCUGAACAUGGAUCAGCAUGAUGUCCAGGACGAGACCACUGCGGUUCACUUCAUCCUCCUCAGAGCACCCUGGGCUGUGCUCUGCUACUAUGCAGAAGACCUGCGCCUGAAGCUGCCUCUGCAGGAAUUACCCAACCAGGCAUCCAACUGGUCGGCCACCCUCCUGGAGUGGCUGGGCAUCCCCAAUAUCCUGCUGGAGCAGGUGCCGGACACGCCUCCAGAGUACUACUCCUGCCAGUUCAAAGCCAGCAAGCUGCAGUGGUUCCUUGGGAGUGACAACCAGGACACCUUCUUCACCAGCACCAAGAGGCACCAGAUUCUGUUUGAGAUCCUGGCCAAGACUCGAUACGGCCACAAGAAGAAAGGCUUGUUUGGGAUUGACCAGCUGCUGGCAGAAGGUGUCUUCAGGGCAGCCUUCCCCCUGCAUGACGGCCCAUUCUCUGCAGUUCCAGAGAACUCGCAGGCCCUGGGUCUCACCCAGCGCCAAGUCUUAUUCCAGCACUGGGCUCGCUGGGGCAAGUGGAACAAGUACCAGCCGCUGGACCACGUGCGCCAGUACUUCGGGGAGAAGGUGGCUCUCUACUUCGCCUGGCUUGGGUUUUACACAGGCUGGCUCCUGCCUGCAGCAGUGGUGGGCACGGUGGUGUUCCUGGUGGGAUGUUUCCUAGUGUUCUCAGACAUACCAACGCAGGAGCUGUGCCACAGUUCGGACGGCCUUGACAUGUGCCCGCUCUGCUCUGACUGUUCUUUUUGGCCGCUUUCCAGUGCCUGCACCCUGGCCCAGGCUGGGCGGCUCUUUGACCAUGGCGGCACUGUCUUCUUCAGUUUGUUCAUGGCUCUGUGGGCGGUGCUGCUUCUGGAGUACUGGAAGCGGAAAAAUGCCACCUUGGCCUACCGCUGGGACUGCUCCGACUAUGAGGACAUUGAGGAGAGGCCUCGGCCCCAGUUCGCUGCAAGGGCUCCUACGACAGCCCUGAACCCCGUCACCGGGGAAGAUGAGCCCUACUUUCCUGAGAAGCGCCGCGUACACCGCAUGCUGGCUGGCUCUGUGGUUCUCCUGAUGAUGGUGGCUGUGGUGAUUAUGUGCCUUGUGUCGAUCAUCCUGUACCGGGCCAUCAUGGCUGUAAUUGUGUCCAAGUCAGACAAUGCCUUCCUCUCGGCCUGGGCUCCACGGAUUGCCAGCCUCACGGGGUCAGUGGUGAACCUCAUCUUCAUCGUCAUCCUCUCCAAGGUCUAUGUGGUCCUGGCCCAGGUCCUAACAAGAUGGGAGAUGCACCGGACACAGACGGCAUUCGAGGAUGCCUUCACCCUCAAGGUGUUCGUCUUUCAGUUUGUCAACUUCUACGCCUCACCUGUGUACAUUGCCUUCUUCAAGGGCAGGUUUGUGGGAUACCCAGGCAACUACCACACCUUGUUUGGAGUCCGGAAUGAAGAGUGUGCUGCUGGAGGCUGCCUCAUCGAGCUGGCACAGGAGCUCCUGGUCAUCAUGGUGGGCAAACAGAUCAUCAACAACGUGCAGGAGAUCUUUGUGCCAAGGCUGAAGGGCUGCUGGCAGAAGCUGUACUCCAGGAGAAGGAAGGCUGGCGUGGGGGCCCACCCAGCACCUUGGGAGGCUGACUACGAUCUGCUGCCUUGUGAGGGGUUGUUCCACGAGUACCUUGAAAUGGUGCUGCAGUUCGGGUUCGUCACCAUCUUCGUGGCCGCCUGCCCGCUGGCGCCGCUUUUUGCCCUGCUCAACAACUGGGUGGAGAUCCGCCUGGAUGCGCGCAAGUUCGUGUGCGAGUACCGGCGCCCGGUGGCCGAGCGCGCCCAGGACAUCGGCAUCUGGUUCCAUAUCCUAGCGGGGCUCACACACCUCGCGGUCAUCAGCAACGCCUUCCUGCUGGCUUUCUCCUCCGACUUCCUGCCCCGUGCCUACUACCGCUGGACACGCGCCCCCGACCUGCGCGGCUUCCUCAACUUCACGCUGGCGCGCGCGCCGCCCGCCUUCGCCGCCGCGCACAACCGCACCUGCAGGUACCGGGCUUUCAGGGAUGAUGAUGGACACUAUUCCCAGACUUACUGGACUCUCCUGGCCAUCCGCCUGGCCUUUGUCAUCAUCUUUGAGCACGUGGUGUUCUCCAUCGGCCGUCUCCUGGACCUCCUGGUUCCUGACAUCCCAGAGUCUGUGGAGAUCAAGGUGAAGCGGGAAUACUACUUAGCUAAGCAGGCCCUGGCUGAGAAUGAGGCUCUCCUUGGAGCAACAGGAGCGAAGGAUGACCAGCUUCCAAGCUCAGAGUCUGGGCCUUCCAGCCUAGGGUCUUAGAACUGGUGACCUCUGGGCAGUGGUGGCACACGCCUUAAAUCCCAGCACUGGGGAGGCAGAGGCGGGUGUAUCUGUGUGUUUGAGGCCAGCCCGGAAUACAGAGCUAGUUCAGGGGCAACUAGGGCUGUUACACAGAGAAACCCUCUGGGGGUGGGGGUGGGGUCGUGACCUUCUCUCCCCCAUCUCUGAGGUUACAGUAUGGGUUACUGGAAGCUGACACACUUGCCUGGGAGGCUGCUGAAGAUGCACUAGGAAACAGUUCAUGGUGCAUGGCCUUGGAGGCCAUGGUUGUGCUCCUGCUACCCCCUACCCUUGUUUAAGAAUAGCCAUGACCCUUGGCUGCCAAUCUCUGGCUCACACGUACUGCUUGAUCACCACCCCUGCUGGAUACUGCUUAAGGCUCCCCAAAUGGAGCCUCAGUGCUUAGAGACUUCUGUUGGCCUUCAGGGGGCUGUCCCCUACUGCCAUUCCUAAGUUCCAUGAGCCAAUGAUUUGUCCCCCUGUAUCUUGGAGGGGCUGUAUGAAACGCUGGCUUCUGUGGCUCUCAUUUUCACAAUGCUGGCCAAUGUACUCAGAAGCUGUCCUUCCCUUGUCUCAUCCAUAACUUUCUCUUGUCCCCAACAGGGAGAAUCCCUGUUUCCUGUCCCCAAACCAAAGGCUAAGAAUCCUCUGUAUGCAUUCCUGAAACUUAGUGACCAGGAGGCUGCUUUAUUGUUGACAUACCCUCCCGCCCCUACCCCCAGGCAGAACUCCUCUGUUAACCGAGCUCUUUUGCAGCAUUCCUUGUGAUAGUGUAGGGUCAGCCACCCCUCCAGACCCACCCUCUGCCUUUCCACACAUGCCACGCAUGCUCAGUACACAUCUGCUCGAAGACCUGAUAUCACAUGGCAGGCUACAGUAGGAAGCCUGCUUCUGCCCCUCCCUUCAAACAAUUACCCAGGGCCUCUGGGUCCUCUGGAUCUUGGUCUCUUUAUCCCGACAGAUAAAGGGCCUCUGCAGUAUCCCCUUUGUCUCCUGUGCCUUCCAGUGCGAGGCCAGGGACUCAGCACAUAGCCAACACAGAAGGGAGUAAGGCUGUGGAAUGAAGCCUUACCCCUUAUAGCGGAAACAGAAAACAAAAACCAGAAACCAGAUUUCUGUAACAACUAGUGGACCAUUAUCCUCCAUUCUGUGUUUACAUACAAUUACUUUUCAAACUGGGUACAACUUGGGCCGUUUCCUGUUGCUCAACAUCUGUUAGCUGGGUUAACUGAUAGUUAAUUGCCACUUAGUUCCUAACCUAGCCGCCCACUCAUGAUGGGAUAUGGGCCUUUCCUCUCUUCUACCAUCCAACCAUGCUGGAAUAAAGGUCUGAAAGUCACUACUUAUCUGGGCUUAUUUCUGUAGGGUUGUUAGGACUGGUGACAAGAGGGAUAUGCAGUUUUGGAAGGGCUGUGAAGCAUACACAUUUCCUUUGAAAACCUUUUCCAAACCAUGCUCUCACCCACCCACCCAUUGCUGAAACUUCGGCAGCUCCUGGCCUCAGAUGUGGCUCUGCUUACUCUGGCAUCAGACGUGGGUGAGGCUGCCCACUGACGCUUGCAUGGCUGCUGGACAACCUAUUCAGCUCAACGAGUGCACUUGCUAGGGAAAGCCUUACUGCAUGGACCACACGUCCUUUCUUCAAGCUGUUUCUUCAGCUGUUACAAUCUCUAAAAUCUGCCAUUGUGUGUAUGUAAGCUUUGUGUGUAAUGUGGGGCGUGUGUGCCACACACAGAAGUCAGGAAACAAUCUUGUGGGGCCAGCUCUUCCACUGUGGGCUCCAGGGAAUGGGCGUAGGCCAGCUGUGCAGUGGUUUGAAUAACUACUGCCCUGCAUGGCUUUGCCAGUUGGGAUACUCCAUCCCCAUCUGGGGAUGUUUAGGCGGUACAGCCUUGCUGGAGGGAAUUUUAGGGAGUGGGCUUUGAGAAAAAGUGUGCCAUUCCAGUUGGUGCUCUCUGCUUCCUAUUUAUGGGCCAAGAUGUGAGCUUUUUGUCUCCUGCGGUUAUGCUGUACCCACUACUAGAGAUUUGAACCCUCUGGAACCAUAAGCCGAAAUAAACCUUCUGAAAGUU